AUGGAUACAUAUAAAAUUGAAAUACAUGGUGAAACGGUUAAGGCAAGUGUGGUCGAUGAUCUUGCUAUGGUUGGUAUUAAGAUAGAUGAGUUGGAGCCUUGGUUACAAGCUUUAGAAAGUCGUAUUGUAGGACUUGAUAUUAAGCUUGACAAUGCCAAGUUCGUGUUGGUUCUUUGUGUUGGGACUUGUUGCCUAAUCAUUCGCUCACACAUAGCAGAAGUUCCUCCUGAGGCUCUCAGGGUGCUUAUGGCUAAUAAUACUAUUUGCUUUCUGAGUACCAAAAUGGUUGACAUGAACUUAUUCAGUUUAAGAUUAAGAUGUAGUACAGUUGUUCAACUUGGGUAUUUUGCUUCCAAGUGUCUGAAGAAAGCCCACAUAAAAGAUUAUGGACUAGCAGAGUUGGCAUGUGACGUUGGAAUGGAUAUGAAGGAAUCAAUUAUUAGUGAAUGCCUUGACUGGAGUGCUGAAUUUUUCACACUAGAACAGAUCAAGUAUGCAGUGCACGAUGCUUAUACAACUUAUGUCAUUGGGAAAAAGCUGUUGAAUAUGCUCUAG